GGGCGAAGCCAGUGUGUGCAGGGGAUCGGCACAGUCUUCUAAGGCGUAGGAUCAGAUCUGCCUGCCUCAUGUCAGUGGAUGAGGAAGGGUUUAGCGGGUGGAGGUGCAGAUUUGACAGUUCUGGCCGAGGAUGCAUGUGAUUUCACUGCAUAAAGAUAAGCGGCCCCCAGAACCCACUUAUCUCCGGGGUAAAAGCUGCCAAGUCAGCUUACCCUGAAACCCACAGUAUAGUGCUCCUCAGCUGUAAGCCACCCCUCCCCAUGUAGCGUCAUGGUCUGAUGCUGAGGAGCAAGUGAGUCGCUUCCAGUUAUCUGCUCGAAAUGACAAGCUUGCAGCCUGUUCAGAUGUAGCAGAGCCGGGCAGUGCAACAAGUGUGCGCAGUGCUGCACAGGAAGUGAUUGAGGCUUUGUAACCUGGUAGAGAUAAGCGGCGGUCGAUACCGCAGGGUAUCAGACGAAGAAUGAACUAGUUGGCGGCGCGCUCUCGGACUUCCUCUAGUUGGAUUCUGCAGCACUAGAAGUCUCCAUCCUGGACCGUCAUGGAAUAAGGAGGUUCAUCUGUGGGAUGGUAGCCAGGACACCAUGGAGUAGCUUCUCGUUUUUGGCCAGAACAUUUUUUGACAAUUGCAUUUUUAACCCUUUCCAUCCUAUGUAACCCCCCAAGACGAUCUCCUCUUGACCAGUAGUUUAGUUUCUUUAUUCGAGACCCUUCUCACCUUCAUCUUUUUUUUUUUUUCCUUCCCCUGGAUAAUGUGCAACUGAAAAGCGGCUGGUAGCGUGACGGGGAUGUAUGCCACCGAGUGCCAGGCUGAAGUGACGCCUUCACACAGCAAUGGCAAUCGCCAGUUCCAUUACUCGCUGGCGGAUCACACCAACCAGGCUUUCCAGAUCAUGAAUGAGCUGAGGCUGGGGCACCAGCUGUGCGACGUGACGCUGAGGGUCAAGUACCAUGAGGUCCAGGCGGAUUUUGUGGCCCAUAAAGUCGUCUUGGCCUCCAGCAGCCCCGUCUUCAGGGCCAUGUUUACCAACGGGCUCAGGGAGUGCGGCAUGGAGACGGUGACCAUCGAAGGCAUCCACCCCAAGGUCAUGGAGAGACUCCUGGAGUUUGCCUACACAGCUAGCAUCUCGGUGGGCGAAAAGUGUGUUAUCCACGUGAUGAACGGGGCGGUCAUGUAUCAGAUGGACAGUGUGGUCAAGGCCUGCUGUGACUUCCUCAUCCUGCAGCUGGACCCAAGCAACGCCAUUGGGAUCGCCAGUUUUGCGGAGCAGAUCGGCUGUGAGGAACUCCACCAGAAGGCCCGGGAAUAUAUCUACAUGCACUUUGGAGAGGUGUCCAAGCAGGAGGAGUUCUUCAACCUCUCCCGAUGUCAGCUGGUCAACCUCAUCAGCCGGGAUGACCUGAAUGUGCGCUGUGAAUCUGAGGUCUUCCACGCCUGCAUAAACUGGGUCAAGUAUGACUGUGAGAACCGGCGACCCUACAUUCAGGCGUUGUUGCGGGCGGUGCGCUGCCAUUCACUGACCCCCAACUUCCUCAAGCUCCAGCUCCAGCGCUGUGAGAUCCUGCGUGGAGACACCCGUUGUCAGGACUACUUGUCUCAGAUCUUCCAGGAUCUCACUCUCCACAAGCUCACCAGACCUCAGGGGAGGAUUCCUAAUGUUCCUCAGUUCAUCUACGUGGCCGGAGGCUACUUCCGACAGUCCCUCAAUUUCCUGGAGGCUUACAACCCAAUGGAAGGAGAGUGGCUUAGUUUGGCGCCGUUGGAGGUGCCGCGAAGUGGCCUCGCCGGUUGUGUACUUGGGGGUCUCUUCUACGCAGUAGGGGGCCGUAACAACGCACCUGACUGCAAUGAGGACUCCAACGCCAUGGACUGCUACAAUCCAAUGAACAACCAGUGGUCACCCUGCGCUUCUAUGAGCGUUCCCAGGAAUCGGGUUGGAGCAGGCGUCAUAGAUGGACAGAUCUACGCAGUUGGAGGAUCUCAUGGGUGUCUUCAUCACAACAGUGUGGAAAGGUAUGACCCAGAGAAAGAUGAAUGGCAGAUCGUAGCUCCAAUGAGAACAAGGCGGAUCGGCGUCGGCGUAGCUGUACUGAACCGGCUCCUCUAUGCAGUAGGUGGCUUUGAUGGGACGAACCGACUAAACUCAGCCGAGUGUUAUUACCCAGAAACCGAUGAAUGGCGGAGCAUUGCGUCCAUGAAUGUUGUGCGGAGCGGCGCCGGUGCCUGUGAAGUGGAUACAAGUAUCUAUGCCAUGGGAGGUUACGAUGGGAGAGACCAGCUGAACAGUGUGGAGAAGUAUGAUGUGGAAAGAGACUCCUGGAGCUUUGUGGCAUCUAUGAAACACCGGAGAAGCGCGCUGGGGGUCACUGUCCACCAGGGAAAGAUCUAUGUGCUAGGUGGAUAUGAUGGGAACACGUUUUUGGACAGUGUGGAGUGUUAUGACCCGGCCCAGGAUACAUGGACAGAGGUGACCCACAUGAUGUCAGGACGUAGCGGUGUGGGUGUGGCAAUCACUAUGGAGCCUUGCCGCAAAACUCAGUGUGGAAGUAUCUUUCCAGAGAUACAAAAAGAUGAGAAUCAAGACAGACAGAAAGGCAACUGCAUCUUCUCCUCGAAAUGCAAAUAAAAUCUGAGCAACUAACCUGUUUUCUAGAGCGUCCCGCCCGCGUGUCGAUACGUGGAUGCAGUGACGUCCACCUAUGUAUUAAAUCAUUGCCCGGCAAUUUAAAGAGGGAAAAAAAUCCUUUUUUUUAAUGAUCCUGAUCAACUAGAAAACAAAAGCAAAAAACCUCAACCUUUUUAUUUUUUAAGCACCCCUCCGCUGUCACCGAGGGGAGCCAGUGCUGUGCUUUCCCGACCGCACGGUGCGGACUGUGAGUUGUGGGUUUUUGAAAAUUUUGAUGGAUAGACACUUUAUAAAAAAUGUUCAGUGUUAAAGAAAAUAAAUUAACAAUUUUAAUAGUUGUUUUUCUGGGUAGGGGUCCAAGUGGUGUGUGGCCUGCAUCACAAGAUCCCAGGUGCCAUGGAAGUGGAGCGGAAAAAUCACCAGUUUUUUUGGGCAAUAGGGGAUGCGACAUCUUUAUGCCACCUGCACACUUUGCGGAAUGCAUGCGGUUUUUCCGCAUAGAUUCCAGUGCAGAAAGACCGCAGCGUAGUAGAUCACCAUUUGCAGAUUUUUUCCGUGCGGAAAUUGACCUGAAUUGCGGCUUUCAAAAUCUGUAGCAUGUCAAUUUUGUUUGUGCUUUUAGCUGCGCAUUUCAGCCUUUUCAAUGGAAGGGUGAGAUCUGCGAAUCUGCAACAAAAACCGCUGUUAGACAUUGCGGAUAUGCUGUAGAAACGCACAUAAAUCCG